CAUAGCGGUUCUCCUACAGCGGAGAGACAACAGAGAAUGGGGUGUUACGGUGUAGAAUACAAACACAUGUAAGACUUAUACACUGGAAAUUCUAAUAAAGAAAUAUAGGUAAACACAGCAAUGAAUGAUAUCGCCACCUCUGGCCUGAUCACAUAUCCAUUGAAUGAUAUCGCCACCUCUGACCUGAUCACAUAUCCAUUGAAUGAUAUCGCCACCUCUGACCUGAUCACGUAUCCAUUGAAUGAUAUCGCCACCUCUGGCCUGAUCACAUAUCCAUUGAAUGAUAUCGCCACCUCUGGCCUGAUCACAUAUCCAAUGAAUGAUAUCGCCACCUCUGACCUGAUCACAUAUCCAUUGAAUGAUAUCGCCACCUCUGGCCUGAUCACAUAUCCAUUGAAUGAUAUCGCCACCUCUGGCCUGAUCACAUAUCCAUUGAAUGAUAUCGCCACCUCUGGCCUGAUCACAUAUCCAAUGAAUGAUAUCGCCACCUCUGGCCUGAUCACAUAUCCAAUGAAUGAUAUCGCCACCUCUGGCCUGAUCACAUAUCCAAUGAAUGAUAUCGCCACCUCUGGCCUGAUCACAUAUCCAUUGAAUGAUAUCGCCACCUCUGGCCUGAUCACAUAUCCAUUGAAUGAUAUCGCCACCUCUGGCCUGAUCACGUAUCCAAUGAAUGAUAUCGCCACCUCUGGCCUGAUCACGUAUCCAUUGAAUGAUAUCGCCACCUCUGGCCUGAUCACAUAUCCAUUGAAUGAUAUCGCGACCUCUGACCUGAUCACAUAUCCAAUGAAUGAUAUCGCGACCUCUGGCCUGAUCACAUAUCCAAUGAAUGAUAUCGCCACCUCUGGCCUGAUCACGUAUCCAAUGAAUGAUAUCGCGACCUCUGGCCUGAUCACAUAUCCAUUGAAUGAUAUCGCCACCUCUGACCUGAUCACAUAUCCAAUGAAUGAUAUCGCCACCUCUGACCUGAUCACGUAUCCAAUGAAUGAUAUCGCCACCUCUGGCCUAUCGCCACCUCUGACCUGA